UCCAUGAUUAGUAAAACCGCAAUAUCCUAAACCUUCCCUUUACACCUAAUACUAAUAUUUUUUACCGCGGUCGGAAUAAUGGCCAGAGUUCCAAUAAAUCACCGGAUUCUGGCGUUCGACAACCGCGAAAUAGAAUUUUCCGGCGACGCCGCGAUAAAUCUAUCAGAUACGGUCUUCGAAUUCCUCGACGACGAAGGUCAAGGAUCGUCCCCGGAGUCCAUCAGCGACAAUAUUUGCGACGGAAGUGAAGCCGAAGACGACGAGAACGAGAAAAAAGACGGCGCCGACGACAGUGAUUUCUGGGAAACUCAGCAUCAACUGUUACAAGCCACAUUAUGCAGAACAACCUCGUUAGAGACGAAAAUCCGGAACAUUACUAAAGAAACAUUAAAAGAAGCAAAACAAGGCGGAAACAUCUGCGGUUGCCAGAAACUGCCGUUCAACGGCGGCGACUGCCGGAGCUGCCUUAUGAAGGCGGUUUGCAGCCGCCUCCAGAACGCCGGUUUCAACUCUGCAAUUUGCAAGUCUAAAUGGAGAAGCUCAGAUAUUCCAUCAGGUGAACAUACAUUCUUGGACGUGGUGGAUUACUCGACCUCAAAAAAAGGGGAGGUGAGAAUCGUGAUCGAGUUGAAUUUCAGGGCGGAGUUCGAGAUAGCAAAAGCCGGCGAGGAAUACAGUAAGCUAGUUAAGAGCCUACCGGAAGUUUUCGUCGGAAAAAUAGAAAGACUGUUAUCUGUGAUUAAGAUUUUGUGCGCCGCCGCCAAGAAAUGCAUGAAGGAGAGGAAGAUUUAUAUUGCACCGUGGAGAAAGCAGAGAUACAUGCAAGCCAAGUGGCUCAAAACUCGCGAACGUGCUACGGCGGCGCUAAUGUUGCCGGCCGGAGACUCUGGCCGGCCUCGCCGGCCGAGAGCGUCGAUGCUCACCGUUGAUAUGCUGGAAAAUUUGCCUAAUUCCCACCGCACAGCGGUCGCAGUCGUGUGAACUGUACAAAUUUUUAUUCUUAUUUUUCCGGUCUUGGGCUUGGUUGAAUAGUGCCACUUGUGAGAAUAGAGUAAAGCUAUAGCCUAUAGAUAGUACUUCUUUUUUUUUU